UGUCAUCCAAGACCCAAAAAUCUUAAUGAACUUGAAAGGAUGGUUAAGAAAGAAUGGGAAGCAUUGUCUCUAAGUUAUUAUAGACAUCUUGUUGAAAGUGAGGUAGAUCAUGUCAAAGAG